CCCCGAGGCCCGCGGGCGGCGGGAAGGACCCGGUGGCGACAAGGGACACCCCUAGCGGCGGCCCCUUCCCCAGCCCUACAGGUGAGCGCGGGCCCGCCGCGGGGCGGAGCGCGCUGUCCCCACCGGCCACUCUCCCGGCGCCACCACCACCGCGCAGAAUAUUUCUGGGUGCUGGCACCCAGCCACCUCCUCCGCCAAUGAAGUACAUUCUGGUCACUGGAGGGGUCAUCUCAGGCAUUGGUAAAGGGAUCAUUGCAAGCAGCAUUGGGACGAUUCUAAAAUCAUGUGGACUCCGAGUUACUGCCAUCAAAAUUGACCCCUAUAUUAACAUCGAUGCAGGCACUUUUUCACCUUACGAGCACGGUGAAGUGUUUGUCUUAAAUGAUGGUGGAGAAGUUGAUUUAGACCUUGGAAAUUAUGAACGGUUCUUGGAUAUUAACCUUUAUAAAGACAACAACAUCACCACUGGGAAGAUAUAUCAGCAUGUGAUCAAUAAAGAGAGGCGUGGCGAUUACCUGGGGAAAACAGUACAAGUUGUGCCGCACAUUACUGAUGCUGUCCAGGAAUGGGUUAUGACUCAAGCUAUGGUGCCCGUGGAUGGUCAUAAGGAAGAGCCCCAAAUAUGCGUUAUUGAGCUGGGUGGCACCAUUGGAGACAUUGAAGGGAUGCCGUUCGUGGAAGCAUUCAGACAAUUCCAGUUUAAAGCAAAAAAAGAGAAUUUCUGUAAUAUCCAUGUUAGCCUUGUGCCACAGCCCAGUGCUACCGGAGAACAAAAAACCAAGCCCACACAAAACAGUGUCCGUGCGCUGAGGGGGUUAGGCCUGUCUCCUGAUCUGAUUGUCUGCCGAAGUUCAACACCCAUCGAAAUGGCUGUGAAGGAAAAGAUUUCUAUGUUUUGUCACGUGAACCCCGAACAGGUCAUAUGUAUCCAUGAUGUUUCGUCCACAUACCGAGUGCCUGUGCUCCUGGAGGAACAAGGCAUUGUUAAAUAUUUUAAAGAGAGAUUGGAUCUGCCCAUUGGUGAUUCUGCAAGUAAUUUGCUUUUCAAGUGGAGAAAUAUGGCUGACAGGUAUGAAAGGUUGCAGAAAACGUGCUCCAUAGCCUUGGUUGGCAAAUACACCAAGCUCAGGGACUGCUACGCCUCUGUGUUCAAAGCCCUGGAACAUUCAGCCUUGGCCAUCAACCACAAAUUGAAUCUGAUGUACAUAGACUCCAUUGAUCUGGAGCAGACCACCGAAACUGAGGACCCUGUGAAAUUCCAUGAAGCUUGGCAGAAGCUGUGCAAAGCUGAUGGUGUUCUUGUGCCGGGAGGCUUCGGAAUCCGAGGAACGUUGGGAAAACUCCAGGCCAUUUCUUGGGCACGGGCAAAGAAGAUCCCUUUCCUGGGAGUUUGCCUUGGGAUGCAACUAGCCGUGAUAGAGUUUGCAAGAAACUGCCUUAACUUGAAAGGUGCCGAUUCCACAGAAUUUGAGCCAAAUGCCUGUGUUCCUGUGGUGAUUGAUAUGCCCGAACACAAUCCUGGCAAUUUGGGAGGAACGAUGAGGCUGGGAAUCCGAAGAACUGUUUUCAAAACGGAAAAUUCAAUAUUAAGUAAGUUUCUCCGAUCAUUGAUGAACAUUUUAUAUGAGACUAACUUAAAUAACGUAGGCCUUCUUUUACUGGUGGAAAAUGAGUUGAAAAGAUUGGAAAAUACAUACGUAUUUAUGGGCGUGCUCAGUGCCUUCACCAUUGUGGAUUCCAUCAUCCUGCUGCUGGUGAUGAGACAGGCUGGGGAGACAGACAGGGAAGUAACAGUCCUGUAUCAGGUGAACCCAAGCCUGAUCAGUCAGUUGGAGCAGAAUGACUUAAGUUUUGUAGGUCAGGAUGUCGAUGGACAGAGGAUGGAAAUCAUUGAACUGGCAAAUCACCCCUAUUUUGUUGGUGUCCAAUUCCAUCCUGAGUUUUCUUCUAGGCCGAUGAAGCCUUCCCCUCCAUACCUGGGCCUGUUACUUGCGGCAACCGGGAGCCUGCAUGCCUACUUGCAACAGGGAUGCAAGCUGUCUUCUAGUGAUAGAUACAGCGAUGCCAGUGAUGAUAGCUUUUCAGAGCCAAGAAUAGCCGAGUUGGAAAUCAGCUGAAACCAGCACAGGACUGGGAAUAAUCAGGACUGCCUGAGCAGGCUCUGAAGUAACUGAAGCCAGGAUGAAGGAACUAUCAGAGGAAAUCACCACACUCUUAAAAAUCACUCUAUUUUCCACCAAACAUGGAUGUAAAGCCUCGAAGGGGAUCUAAUAAUAGAUAAACCAGAACCAAAGGGCUACUUUCCUUUUCAGUCCAGAGGUGGCCUUUGGUUCUCACAAAUUUCUGUAGCCGAUUAAACUUUUCCCAGCAACCUCA